CAGUUUCAAUACAAUGGCUGACGACGCUGCUGAGAUUGCGCCUGAGCCUUCAAAGCUCGGCACUCGCGAAUACUGGGACCAAGUGUACGAGCGCGAAGUGGGCAACUUUGACGAGCGCGGCGAUGUUGGCGAGGUCUGGUUUGGCAUGGACGCCGUCGAGAGCGUCGUCGACUGGAUCCAGGACGACGCGCGCUUGCCAAAGCACCUCUCUGUCGUCGACAUUGGCUGCGGCAACGGUGUAUCACUCGUCGAGCUGGCUCGCGUCGGAUUCAAGUCGCUGCUGGGAAUCGACUACUCGGAGCCUGCAAUCGAGUUGGCGCGCAAAGUCGCGGCCGCUGACGAGCUGGAUAUUGAUUAUCAGGUGUUUGAUUUCAUCAACGAUGAUGUAUCCGCACUCCAGAACGACAAAAACCGCUUCCCGUUCGACCUGUGCAUUGACAAGGGCACGUACGACGCUAUUAGUCUGGCGCAAAACAGCGCGAGCGCGCGUGCUGCCUACGUGCGACAAGUCCAUGCACUGUGCUCGCAAGCAGUAAAGCCGCGUCCGCCCAGCGAUGACGAUGACGAGAACGCAGACGAGGAAGAGGAAGACGACGAUGACGACCGGAGACGCAAGCUGUCGCCGCGCACCACUGGGCUUUUCAUCAUCACGUCCUGCAACUGGACCAACGACGAGCUGAAGGCUGCGUUUGCCUCCCAUUUUACGACCUAUGCUGUCAUCAAGUACCGAGUGUUUGAGUUUGGAGGCAAGAAGGGCUCGAGCAUCAGCACGGUCAUUUUUGCUCCAAAGCCGCCAAGCGAGUUGUAACCAAGCUCUGCUCUUUCCCCUCCCCCCCCCUGUGCUUACUUGCGAGAUGCUUUUGGAGCUUGAAACAAUACAGCAUUUUUGUGCCA